AAAGUACUUAACCUUUAAGCUUUCAUGGCGGUAUAUAACAGAGGUUAGAUAUUCACAAUGAGUAACAAAAUAGCUAAGUGAGGGUAGUGAACAGUUAUACUCAAACAGGAAGAAGACAUGUCCGACUUGCCGGAAGCUUGCAUAGCAAACAUACUGUCGUUUACGGAUCCUCUUGUUGCCUGUAAUCUGUCCAUGGUUUCUUCUACAUUCAGAAACGCCGCCAGAUCCGAUACCGUUUGGCAGAGAUUUCUACCUCCAGAUUGUGUCUCUAUAAUCUCUCGCUCCUCCGAUCCUAAUCUUCUGCUGGCUUAUUCUAAGAAACAGCUCUUUUUCAGCCUCUGCCGGAACCCAAUCCUCAUAGACGACGGCAAAAGGAGUUUCUCAUUAGAAAAAUGGACAGGAAAGAAAUGCUUUAUGCUUUCUGCCAGAGAUCUCAGGAUUGUUUGGGCCGAUACUCCUCGCUACUGGAGUUGGAAGUCGGAUUCUGAUUCCAGAUUUGCAGAGGUGGCGGUGCUUAUUGAUGUGUGUUGGCUUGAAAUAAGUGGCAAAAUUGAUACGAAAAUGUUGUCUGCGGUAACAAAUUACGGUGCGUAUCUUGUGUUCAAGCUCAAUCCAAAUAACUAUGGCUUACAGCCACCAGCAGAGGCAAAAGUGGGUUUCAAUGGAAGUGAAAUCGCUACGCGGAGUGUUUAUUUGGACUUUAUUCCCCGGCGCAACUCACAAGCGGCGGCGGGGUAUCCGAAGGAGAGAGGAGAUGGUUGGAUGGAAGUUGAAUUGGGUUCGUUCUUUAAUAACGAUGGAACAGAUGAGGAAUUAGAAAUUAGCGUUCUGGAAGUGAAGAAUGGUAAUUGGAAGAGGGGUCUCAUUGUUGAAGGGAUAGAGAUUAGGCCAAAACUGGCUUAAUAAAAUAAGUAUCAUAUUUCCUGAUUUGAGUUUGCAGCGCAACAAUUAAGAACUUGUUGUUUUUCAUUCUUGAAAUGAAGAAAUUAAUGAUACACGCGAAAUUGGAAUGAAGAAAUCAAUUUGACUGAUGAAUAGAUUGUUCACAAAAACGUUUAGCCGAGUUGGGAUAGUGAAGACUGAAGGGAGUAUA